GAUUUAUUCACGACAGGCGAAUAAAACUGAUACUAGAGAAUAUAUUCCUCGAACAAGUACAGCUCCAGAAGGCUCAUUCAUCGAUCACCCACAAGGGGAGGAAGACUUAAUUCGAACUCAAUUAAAUUUUUUUUUAAUUUUGGUUCUACUAGACGAAUAUCAUGAGAGCUCUGGCAAUAGUACUUCUCUGCUUAGCAGUGACGUGGAACUAUGGAUCAGUGGAGGCACUACGCUGCAUCCAAUGCCAAUCGACAAACACUACUUGCGAGACUCCCAUCUUGGAAUGUAACAAUGGUACUGCUGACGUCAGUCUUGAGCUGCUAAAGAUUCUCAAGCCAGACCUAGCUACCAAGGAAAAGGGUGACAAAUUUCGAUGCUUUGAAGUAGAUGUUAAAAAAGAUGAAAAUUUGGUGUACAUAAAAGGAUGCAUUUACGACGAUGUGGAUGUGUGCACAGGUGAAACCAAAGAAGGUGCACAGGAGUACUGUCAUCGUUGCACUGACGAUGUGUGCAACGGUGCUUCCGCUCUCGCGAUCAAUAUCAGCUUAUUACUAGGAUUGGUGUUAGCACUUAGAACAUAUUCGAAGUGGUGAUAAGGUGUGACGAUAUUGUAGAAUACAACUGGCAAAGUAGUUGACAUAGUGUUUAAA